GUAAGCAGUGAUGAACAUUUAAAGCUAGGUUGCUUCAGAGACUCCCAUACACACCGUGCGUCCAAUGGAUAACAACUCAAACUACUGGGACUUGUUUGAAGAGAUGAAUAUCAGAAUUUUGUAAGUCACUUAAUAUUUGACAAAUAGUCAGUCGAAAACUUAGGCUUCAUUUCUAGGCGCAGUCUCAGAUUUUGGUGCCAUGUUACAAAGGUAACACAGACAGGACUGACUGAACUGUGCGUCAAAGGAGUUUAGGGCUGCUUUCCUUUGGACUGAACUGAAAACGGAGCAGCAGAGGAAACAGUUUCAGAAAUGGCAAAGCCUAUGGACCAUGUUAAACGUCCCAUGAACGCUUUUAUGGUGUGGUCUAGAGCCCAGAGACGGAAGAUGGCACUGGACAACCCGAAGAUGCACAACUCUGAGAUCAGCAAACGCCUCGGAGGUGAAUGGAAACUGCUUUCAGACUCUGAAAAAAGACCCUUUAUUGACGAGGCCAAACGCCUCAGAGCCGUCCACAUGAAAGAACACCCGGAUUACAAAUACAGACCGCGACGAAAGCCCAAAAACUUGAUCAAAAAAGACAGGUAUCAUUUUAAUGUGACGUACAAUCUGGGUGACUGUGACCCGUUGAAAAGUGCGCGCUUACCCGGUGACGCGCUGACGGACUCGCUGAGCGCGGAGAAAACGUCCGUCGCCGCAGCUACUCGGGUGUUUUUCAGUCACCAGCUGUCCGCCAGCCCAUACCCUUUUCUCGACCUGGCCUCCAAAAUGUCGGAAUUACCCCCUGCACCUUUCCCACAUUACUCAAUGCUCGGGUAUCCCGCUGGAGUCUCCGCGUUUCCCGGGAUGGGGGUUCUGGCCGGUGCGCCACACGCUCACCCGUCUCCGGGUAACCCGGGCCACAUGGUACCCUAUAACUGCAUGGGCUGGCCUGGUUCUGGACCUGUUGUUCCUUCAUCUUACGUGUUUUUACCAGGAAUGACCAAAGCUCAACAUGAACCUUACCUGACGUACGCUGCGACCAUAUGACCGGAAAUUAAAGGACCACAAUGUUCAUGUGUUAUAAGGUCACGUGCACUUGUUUAAAACUUUGCAUUUUGUAAAAAAAGAAAUAAAUAAACGUUUAAAAUAUUA